AUGGAAUCAUUAGUAUCAUUUACAGUAAUGAUCGUGUUAAUAAGUGCGCUAAUUAAAUUAAUAACAUAUCAUUACAACAGAUUGGAUUUAUAUAAAGCUGGGAAUAAAAUUUUAGGACCUAGCCCGGUGUUACCAAUUAUUGGAAACGCUUAUAUUUUUUUUGGUAGCACCGAAAAAUUUAUGAAAAGACUUAUGAUAUUAGAUAAUUACAAAUUUUCACCCAUGAGAUUUUGGCUUGGCCCCAAAUUGUGUAUUGUUUUAUUUGAUCCUGAGCAAAUUAAGAUAGUUCUCCGAAGUCAAAAAACCAUUGAGAAAGAUGAUUUAUACAGAGUCUUCCAUCCUUUUCUAGGUACAGGAUUGAUUACAGCACCGGAAAAUAAAUGGAAAGUACACCGUAAGUUAAUCAUGCCAACAUUUAAUCCUAAAAUAAUAGAAUCAUUUAUCGGUACGAUGAAUAAACAGUCGAAAAUUUUGGUCAAAGUUUUGGAAUCUGAAAUUAACGGCAAUGAGUUUCUUGUAUUUCCUUAUGUAUCACGUUGCACUCUCGACAUUAUUUGUGAAACAGCAAUGGGAGUGUCAGUAAACGUACAAACAAAUAGAGAUUCAUCUUACGUGAAAGCCAUCGACAGAUUAACGGUAAUAUUUAGCUCUCGAAUGCUGAGAGUAUGGCUACACUUCGAUAUGAUUUACAAGUUCACAAAAUUAGCAAGAGACCAAAAUGAAUGCAUAAAGUAUUUGCAUAAGCACACAAAUGACAUUAUUGAACAAAAACUUAAACAGCAGUCUGAAAAAAUAAAUGAAAAAGAUAACGUUGCGCUGUCAGGGUUUAAAAAGAAGGUUUUUCUUGACUUUUUAAUAGAAUUGUCUAAAGAAGGAACUAAGUUAACCAACGAAGAACUCCGUGAAGAAGUUGAUACUAUGGUAGUCGCUGGAAAUGACACUACUGCAACUGUCAAUACGUUUACUAUUUAUAUGCUUGCUAAUUUUCCAGAAGUACAAAAUAAAUGUUAUGAGGAGCUAGUAGAAAUAUUUGGUGACAAAAUAACAGAAGAAACAGAAAUAAAGAUUGAAGAUUUGAACCGAAUGGAAUAUCUAGAAAGAGUAAUUAAAGAAACAAUGCGAUUGUUUCCCAUUGCGCCGCUUUUAAACCGACGAGUAAACGGUGACUUGGAUAUUGGAGGAGGAUACACACUACCAAAAGGCAGUACAGUAAUCGUAGGAGUAUUAAAACUUCAUCGCUCUGCAGACUAUUGGGAGGAUCCUCUUAGCUUCAAUCCUGAUCGAUUUUUGCCAGAAGAAAUCGCCAAACGUCAUCCGUAUGUUUAUAUUCCUUUCAGUGGUGGCUUUCGCAACUGCAUCGGCUUGAAGUACGCAAUGAUGAGCAUGAAAGUUCUCUUGGCUACUCUUCUACGAAAUUAUGUACUCGUAAAAGACAAGCUUACUAACAUUGAAGACAUCGAAAUUAAAGCUGAAAUUUUUAUUAAAACCACGACUCCUAUCACCGUGAAAAUCAAGCGAAGACGUGAACACAUAUCUACAUAGAAAAAUUUUAUUUUUAUUUAUCAAUAUUAACUGAAAGUUUAAUUAAUAAGUUUUUUUCAUAAAUUUAACUCAUGCAUAUUUAUUGAAUUAAUUUAUACAGUUGUUCAAUCAGAAGAAUAAAUACUUAAAUAAUUAAUUUAAUUGAUUCUCUUAUCUUUGAGCAAUCAAAAGUAUAAGAAGAUUGAGCCGGAGUUUUUGCUUUAAUUUCAAAAUAAUAAUUAAUUGCGAU